AUGAGUAAAGAAAAGACUUUUCAGAUCAAAUCUCUAGUGAAUGAACAUAAUUGUUGUAGGGUGUUUAAGUUUGGGUUAAUUGUAACUUAUAGAUGGAUAGGGAAACAUUUAAUGAGUAAAAUUAUAUUGAACCCAAAAAUGAGUGCAAGGAAGAUGAAAGCUAAAGUGUCAACAACAUUCAACAUAAAUGUGAGUGUGGGGCAAUGCAAAAAUGCAAAGAAAUUUGCAUUACAAGAGAUUGAAGGAAGUCUAAUUAAACAUUAUGGGAGAUUGUGGUCAUAUGGUGAGGAAAUUAUCAGGUCAAAUCCUGGGUCUACUAUGAGAUUGGAUGUAGACAUCAUGCCAGAUUCCACAACUUUGUUUUCCAAGUUUUAUGUGUGUUUCAAAGUUGUAAGGGAUGGUUGGUUAGAAGGGUGCAAGCAUGUAAUUGGGCUUGAUGGUUGCUUUUUAAAGGGUAUAGUUAGAGGAGAAGUUCUUUCAGCUGUUGGGAGAGAUGCAAACAACCACAUCUACCCUUUAGCAUGGGUUGUGGUAUGUGUUGAGAAUAAAGAAACAUGGAAGUGGUUCAUAGAUUUGCUUAUGGAUGACAUUAAUGGUGGUCUUGGUGCAGGAAUUACCCUUCUUUCUGAUGGACACAAGGGGUUAUUACAAGCAGUUAAGGAAAUAUGUCUAGAAGCUGAACAUAGGCAAUGUGCUAGACACAUUGUGGCCAAUUUUAAUAAAAGGUUUACUGGUCAAGAAUGCAUAAAGUUAUUUUGGAGGGCUGUAAGGGCUAGUACUGUGGAGAAGUUCAGAGGUGUAAUGGAGAAGAUCAAAUCUAUUGAUACUCAUGCUUAUGAUUAUCUUAUAGACAGAGAUCCUACUACCUGGUCUAAGGCAUUCUUUCAAAAAGGAAGAGAUUGUGAUGCAGUGGAGAAUGGGGUCAGUGACAAUUUCAGUUCUGCUAUUAGGCAUGCUAGAAGGAGACCUAUAAUCACUAUGCUGGAGGAGAUUAGGUUAUUUGUGAUGGAAAGGAUAUACACUCAGAGAGUUGAAGGAAUGGAAUGGGAUUUGCUUAUAUGCCCAACUAUUAGGAAGCAUAUAGAAGAUCUGAAGGUUAAACAGAGAUUGUGGGGAGUUACUCCUUGUGGUUAUCAAAAGUAUGAGGUUAGACUCAUUGAUGUUGCAUAUGGAGUGGAUCUAAUUACAAAGAAGUGUGCUUGUAGAAUAUGGCAACUUACAGGGAUACCAUGCUUACAUGGAGUGGCAGCAAUCUCUUACUUAAAUCAUGAUGCAGAGACAUAUGUGUCCCAAUCAUACACUACUGAGGCUUACCUAAAAUGCUACAAAUAUAGAAUUAAUCCUCUCAAUAGUAGUGAUAUGUGGCCAGAUGUUCCAUACCGUAAGCCUUCGCCUCCCAAAAGAAGAAGAUUACCUGGUAGGCCAUCAGUGAAAAGGAAGAGGGAUGCAAUUGAACGAGAGUUGACUGGACCAAGUAGACAAACUGUCUCAAGAAGUGGAAGCAUAAUAAAGUGUGGUAUUUGUAAGGAACCAGGUUACAACAAAGAAAAAGUGUCCAUCUAACAAGCAAAGCAAUACAUCAGUACCAAGUUCAUCCAGGGGCAGUGGAGCAGACCCAAGUUUAUCCAGGGCCAAUGAAGGACCACCACCACCUGCAACCCAACAACCUCCUCCACCACCACCUGCAGUCCCCAUGCCAAGAAGAAGGGUCCCAGUUAGUAGAAGUGGAAGGAGGAAAUAUUCUGAACGGAUCAUCAAACAAGCAUUAAGGAAGCAGAUACCUGGGGUUGGGAGCAAUGCAGGUAACCCUUCAGUUAUUGAUUAAUUUAGUGGGUGUGUAGUGGGUGGGCAGUUGUGAUGUAAAGACAAAGUAGUAGUCUUUUUAUUAUGUUUUUCUAUGGUACUAUCAAAUAGGUGUAUGGGCACAUGGUGACCCUUCUUUUGUCUAUGCAGGAAUCUUUUGUGUUACCUAGAAAUUACUUUUGUGUAUGCAGACAAAAACUUAUUUAAUUUCGAAUAUUAAUGGAGUAUUUCAAUGAAUCCAACCACCACAUUCACUUA